UCGUUGGAUAUUGUGAUUUAAAAUUUACCGACUAUAGCCAAUAGUAUUGUGUCGUUAUGGAUGGACAACGCCUAAUCAACAUUAUUUAUGCAUUUUUUUUCAUUGGACUCCUAUUAAAAGAGACGGAGCCAAUCAAAAUAACAAAAGUUGAGAUCCCGAGUGUAGUCCGAGCAGGUACGGAAGAGCCAAUCAUCCUUGACUGUCAAUACAAUAUGGGCAGCUCAACGAAUCGAGCUCUCGUAGUUAAAUGGUACAUCAAUGAAGACAUCCUGUACCAAUGGAUCUACGGACGUGCUCCACUCGGUGCCGACGAGUAUCAACAGUACGUUGAUGCAUCCUACAGGGCAAGUGAUGAUCUAGAUAUGGAGUACAGAGCGGUGAAGCUCGUUAGACCCAGUCAUGAGUUGUCUGGAAAGGUUAGGUGUAGUAUAUCGUGCCAGGAAGAUGAGGACGAAGCGCAGGGAGAGAUGCUGGUGUACUCACCCGAGCAAUUACUACGAAUAGCAGAGCCAAUUUCCAAUGAUGAAACGAAACAGCUGUCUGUUACGUGCUUGGCUGAAAGUGUCUAUCCCCUUCCAAUUAUAACAAUUCGACAGGACAAUCGAACAAUCAAGGAACAGAAAGAGUAUCACAAUAAAAAGAAGGAUGGCCGUUACGAUAUCGGCGUGUCGGCUGUUAUUCCAAUGGAAAACAUGAAUCUACCGACAAAAUUUCAAUGUGAAAUCCAUAUUGCUGCUGCGAAUUAUACAUCAAUACGUGAAUACGUCUACAAUGGCACUGACGGCCUCCGCUUAUCACUCAUGACAUCGUUUACUAUCUUUUUCUUUAUCGUCAUCACAGCGAUAUUCCAUUAUUGAAGAAGAAUCAAGAGCGACAAAUACAUGAACUAUUAUCGAAUAUCGAGGAAAUGAAAUAGCAAACGGCGGAGUAACCAUCUGAAAUUCGGGAGGAAUGAACCAGAAGAAUAGAUCGCAACUAAAUGUAUUCCCUACACCCUGCGUCAAAUAUUUUGCUAUUCACGUUGAAAAAAUCUCUCCCUAUAUCAUUCGUCUUGUACACACUUCUUUGUGCAAAAAUGUCAUAGUUUGAUGAUACGUAAUUCAUUAAAUAAUAACAGGGUACUUUGCGAGUAAACGGAAAUAUCGUUGAGAGUUAAGUGGAGCGGAAGGUACUGUGAAUAGAAAACUUUUUGUUCAUCCGGUAUUUAAAAUUCACGAUAGGGUAUAAAUUUUAAUCCACAAAUGUUCAUCAUUCGGUACUAAAUUUUGUGCUUUUUACCAAUUCACAAUAGAUAUGCAUGGGAUGUUUUUGGCAUUCAAUGUGAUAAAUUAUCCUUUCAUUUUUGCGAAAUAAAACUUGAGCUACAGUAACAAUUAUGUGUACAUCGGAAGCGAAAAUAAAUGAAAAUAAUUGAAGAAAUGGGAUUUAGUGUAAGCGAAAUACGUCCGGGAGAAUAAAAAUAAUAAUAAAAAUGAGUAAUAACGAGUGGAAGAGUUGAAGAUGUAGGUCGCAGUGAUAGCAUGAAAAAGGGAAUGCAGACCACGCGAAAAAAAAUCAUUAGCACUGAAAAAAAGGGGGCGAAGGGGAGGAGAAGUGGGAGAGAUAGUAGCUAAAGAAAGAUGGCAACAACUGCAAUACUGCUGUGAUACAGUGACUAUGACCAUUGGUGAGUCAGUGAAAAAUUUACUACUCUCUUUCCCUCAACAUAGACUACCUUGAACAUCGUACAUUCACUCAGUAUUAGGAAAGGUGAAUUUAUUCAUUGACAUUGAAGUAGUCGAGUUAUAUGGGAAGAAGGUUGGGCUCUCACUGACUGGCAAAUCUAUAGCGAUAGUCUGGGUGCUGCAAGUGAAACUGCCAGUAUGAAAUUUACAAUAUUUGGGACCUCUUCAGCACAAGCCCCGGACGAUCGUACGUGUUUAUAAAUUAUUCCUGUAUUAUCGAUAUUAUAGAAACUCUAAUAAAUUUUUAUGUAAAAAAAACGAAUAUAUUAAAUAGAAUACCUAUUUCGAAUGAUGAGAGAUCGAAUGAAGUGAUGAAUCCAUAAAGUUCUCUCACAUUUUUGUAACUGUUUCAGUUCAUCAUUUUAAACUGAUAACAAUGGGACAAUUAUAAAUUUAUGGUUGAGUGGAAGAAAAUAAUAAGAUAUAGAGCAUAAUCGGUGUAAAAAUUGUCAUAUAUUUCACUGGAAAUAAACGGAAUGUUGAUAAAAUA